AUGGUGCGCCACGACUUUUACCAGACCGACGCGCAGGCGGUUGUGUCGGUGUACGCCAAGGGCGCAGCGCGCGACGACGUGCAGGUCACGGCAGACGGGCAAAAGCUCUCGGUCGUGUUUACUGGCGGUACUCACGAGGGGACGCGCCUUGAUCUGACGCUGUACGGAGCCGUGGAGGUGGCCGGCGUGCGUGUGCUCGCGACCAAGGUCGAGAUCACGCUCCAUAAAAAGGUGCCAGCACAGUGGCCGACACUCGAGCAGAGCGGAGCGCCGGCCGUGCCAGCCGUGCCAGUCGCGCCGGCGGCUGCGCCGCAGGAAGCGCCGCGGCGCCCGCGGUCCAAGUGGGACGCGCUCCAAGUUGACGACGAGGAGCCCGUAUCCGGCGAGGCGGAGCUCAAUGCCUUUUUCAAAAAGCUGUAUGCGGAUGCGGAUGAUGACACGCGCCGCGCGAUGGUUAAGAGUUUCCAAGAGUCGAAUGGGACGUCGCUGAGCACCAACUGGGCCGAGGUCGGCAAGAAGAAGGUCGAGACGCGUGCGCCGUCCGGUAUGGAGCCCCGCAAAUACGAUGCGUAG